AAAAAAAAAAAAAAAAAAAACAGAAACAGAAAAAAAAAGCUAGAGUGGCUAAAUUAAUAUCUAACAAAGUAGAAAAAGAUAUUAGUAGAGAUAGAGGGUAAUUCCAUAAUGAGAAAGGGGUCAAUUCAUCAACAGGAUGUAACAUUCCUAAAUGUGUAUGCUCCUUACAAAACAGCUUCAAAAAUCAAAAAGCAAAAUCUGAUAGAAUUGCAGGAGAAAUAGGCAAAUUCAUAAAUAUAGUUGGAAAUGUCAACACCCCUCUCUCAUAGAAAAUCAGUAAGGAUAUAGAAGAUUUGAAUAAUAUUGACCAACAUGAUGUUUAUUGAACACUGUACCCCAGGACAAGAGAAUACACAUUUCUUUCAAGUGCAAAUGAAACAUUUACUGAUAUAGAUCAUAUCCUUCACCAUAAAACAAGUCUCAAUACAUUUAAAAAGGAUUCAAGUCAUAUAAAGUCUAUAUCUGGACCAUAUAAAAUUAAAUUAUAAACCAAUAACAAAAAGAUAUAUGAACAUCCUCAUAGAUUAGGGAAAAAAUACAAUUUUAAAUAAUUCAAUGGUCAAAGAAGAAAUCAAAAGGGAAAAUAGAAUCUUGAAUAGAAUGGAGAAUAUAUCAAAAUUUGUGAGAUGCCAUAGAAGGAAAUUUAUAGCUCUAAGUGCUAUAUAUACAUAAAAGAACGUCAUCUGAUUUAUUGCCUUGAUGGUGAUGAGUUUCACGAGUCAAAAUGUAUCAAGUUAUAUACUUUAUGAAAUGUAUUAUAUGUCAGUUAUAUCACAAUGAUAAUAUGAAGACAGUCCUCUUCCCCUAAAAAAUUUUUUUAAAGUUAGAAUCAAACUUACCUGCCACUCACUUGUUGGGAAAUAUUAGGAUAACUAUACCACAUGUCUAGAACUUUAGUGACAAUACGGUUUUCUUUUACAAACUUUAGGUUAUAGAAUAGAAUUAACAUAGUUCCAGAAAAAAGCUGAGAUCCUGAGUCCUGUAUAAUGGGAAAAGGGACUACUUAGGGUUCCAGGCAGUUUCCACCAAAAUCUGAGUUUUCUUUCCCUUGAAAUUUGAUGGUAGAUGAUUGCAUACAGCUAGACAUAUAAAAAAUCUUUACAGUUAGGUUUAGCCAUAUGGCUAUUCUCAUCAACAGAAAAUGAGCAGAUAUUACGAAUCUCAUCUAUGAACUAAGGAUUUAAAAAGCAAGUUUUCUCCGCUAAGUUUUUUCUUUACCUUUCUGCCAGCUUGAUGCUGUUACUACUAUUCUGGGGUACAGCAAGUGCCACAAGAUGAAAGCAAGCUUGGCGCACGAAUCCCACAUGGAACAUUGCCACUCACCACCAGUUACAUAUACUCAUGACCAAUUGUUUUACAUUAACAAGAAAUACAUUUCUUUAGUAUUUGAUCCAUUAUGUAUUUUGGUUCUUUUUUUUAAAGUAGUUUAGCCUACUCUAUCACACCAAAAAUUUCAAGAACAGAAGGCCUCUGUCAAGCCCCCAUAAUCCCUCAGGAAAAGGUCAGAGCUCUGAACUUACCCUAAUAAUUGUCCCCAAGUCUCACAUUGAGCAACCUUCCCCAGGUCUUACCUAUAGAAUUCCAGCAAGUACUUGUAAAUAUCACAAUAAAGAUGUUAAGAAAGUUCCUCUCCCUUCCAAAAUCUUUUUAAGUUAGCAUCAAACUGAAAUGCCCACCCUAGCAAGCACUCACAUUUGGGGAAAUAUCGGGAUAACUAUACCACAUCCCUAGAACUCUGGUGACAAAAAAACAUUUUACUUAUAAAGUAAAUUCACUUAGAAAGUAAAUUUACUUGUAAAGUGAGUUUACAGUAGAAGACAGCUGGGCUAAUUUUUUGCCUAGAACUUACUGUAUGGGAAAAUAAGUGGGAAGGGGAUAAGUACUCCAGCAGAUCUUUCUCUUUCCUGAACUUCCACCAGCCCCAUGGGCCCCAGUCAGCUGGCUCUGUCUCCUUUUAUAUCUUUUCCAGUUGAAAUGCAGAGCAGGAUGAGUUGAAAUGCAGAGCAUCCAGUCUCUGGGCUUCCACAGACGUAAUCUCCUAAUUAUUAUAAAACCGUGCCUUAGAACAAACCAGUACUGAGCUUUUACUAUUACCCGCACUACUUUAUCUCACCACAGACACCCAAGCUGAGCCUUGCUAACAAAUCAGUAUUUCCUCAAACCACGAAGGAGCUUCAAGCACCCAACAGACUGAGGACUAACGGCAGGGGCCAGAGCCGGCAGAAUCAUUCUCUGGCCAUGAGCCCUUCCUAUGAUCUUCCAAAUUUCUACACUUCUAGAUAUGUUGAGAUCUUCUUUUCUCUGGCAUUACCUUCUAUAAAAAUGCCUCAGGGCAGCAGGUUCUUGUAGAGAUAAACAUAUGUGCCUUGAAACCUCCUCUGUAUCCUGAGUCCACAGGCUUUUACACUAGGGCUCACUUAGGGACAGAAAUUUCAUUAUAGGAUCUGCUCCAGAGUUGUCCAAUAGAAAUACAAUUUUAAGGUUUCUAGUAUCACAUUAAAAAAGUAAAAUGGAACAGGUACAAUGAAUAACAUAUUUUAUUUAAUCCAAUAGAGCCAACAUAUUAUCAUUGCAAUACGCAAAGGAAAAGUUAUUAGUGAGAUAUUUUACAUUAUUUUUUGAAGUAAGUAUUUGAAAUCUGGUAUACAUUUUAUACUUUGAGCACAUCUCAAUUCAGACUAGUCAUGUGUGAAGUCCUCAAUAGACAUUGGUGGCUCCUGGAUACCACAUGGGACAGCCAGUGCCAUUCUUCUCCUUGAUACUUGUUUCUACCCUCACAUGUACCUCAUAAUUUCUUUUAUAGCUGGUUCAAAAAACAUAUUGCACCUCUCUACCAAAGUCACAGCAGCUCACUCACCAGCUGUUUGUUCCUGUGCUAAGGAAAAGAGAGUGUGGAAAAGCUGGAAGAAAUCAUCCUCUUCCUGUUUUGUCAACACAUUCUUUCUUCUUUCCCUUUGGCCUGAUCCCCAAGAUUUGGGCUUUGAAGAAAAAUUAGCUUCCAGCAAUGUGAACUGCAGCCAGAUCCAGCCAGUGCAUGAGGUCAGUGAGUAUGCACACACCAUUGAAGAUAAAGACAAUGAGGUUCUGGAAAUGAGUCACAUGCCGGAGUCCUGGAAUCCCAGUGCCCUUGCUUCUCCCUAUAAGAACCCAGCCUUCAACCUGCUGCGCCUGGAACUGGAGGGAGCACAGAAGUUGGUGACUCAACUUACAGCCAUUGGAGGCAUUAUUGUGGUAGCAGACCUUCUCCACUGACUCCAGAGCCAGGUGACUAACGCCAGUCUCACACUCAAGCUUUUGGCUGACUCUGACCAGAGCAGCUUUGGUGCUCUCCAGCAGGAGGUGGAUGUCCUUGAGAGUCAACUAAGUGAAUGUGAGAGACAAAAGGAGAAAGAACAGGCCUCCAGACACCUGGACCACCCCUCCCCCCGGGUGAGUGAACAGACUGAAUUUCUCAAGGUCUUAUCUCUUCAGAGACCAGGUUGGGAGUGCAUGUUGGCUAUGGUAAACUGAGGGGAGGGAAGAACAAUUUUUUUUGUUGUUGUUGUUUGAGACGGAAUCUCGCUCUGUUGCCCAGGCUGGAAUGCAG